AGGCAGAGCGAUGCUCGUGACAGCCUGAGCGGUCGCCUAGGCACCCUUCCCUCCCCUCAACAGUCAACAGCGACCAGAGAAAGGAAUAGGCGAAAACCCUAAACCUCGCCACCGGCCACGGCCAUGGCGGCGACCACCGCUACCCCCACCUUCCUCCGUGCGACCGAGCUCCGCCUCCUCCGCUGCACCCUCCCUUCCCCGAUCUCCCAACCAGCUCCCCCCUCACCUCCCCCAGAACACCCGCUCGGUCCUGUCGUGUCCUCUGCCGUCGCCGCCGUCGAGGUCGGGGACUACGUGGCUGCUAUCGCCUCCGCCGUCCCCCACAUCUUCCACCCCUCCGCCUUCGCCGAGGUUGCCCAGGGCUCCCCAACGCAAGCUUACGCCGACCUCACUGCCGCUGCCGAGGCGUUCCUCCGGGAGGAUGGCGGAGGGGCCGCGAGCGAGGGGUUCCAGUGCAGGUGUGCGCUUGUUCUCUCCGCGGCGGUGGCCGCGCUGCUCGCAUUCACGCAGCAGAACGUGACGGGACCGUCGGGGAAGUUUCCACCCUUCCCUUUCCAGACUUCACGUUUGGACGAAGAGGGGCAUGGUGAUCCUGGAAGCAAAUGGGAUGAUUGGGCUUCGGGUCAUUUAGCUGCUUUUGGUUCCCAUGUUCAUGGGAAAUUCGCUCUCUUGCCGUUCAUUGUCUUUGCAGAACUACUCUUCACAAGCAUACAGGGUCUCGACUCCUCUGAUUGUUGGAGUGUGCAAUGGUGGUUGUGCAGAAUAUCCUUGUCCCAGCAAAAUAUUUUAGAUGAGCUAUCGUCCUCUUUGUUUGAUCGAGUACAAGUGUACAAGAAUGAAAUGUUGGCCCACUUUGGUGAACUUGAAAAGGUCUCUAGCUACUGGGGUUCUUUGUUAUGUGAUGAAGAAGGGUUUUCUUUUGUCUCAGCUGUUUUUCUGGAAGCUGGAAUCGUGGAGUAUAAAUAUGGCCAAGUUGAUGCUUCAAGGCUGCAUCUGGAUAGUGCUCAAGAGGCAUGUGGGAUUCAUCUCUCUCUCACAGGGAUUCUUGGUUUUCGAACAAUACACCAGGUGGACGCCAAGUCCCAAAUGGUUCUAGUUGCGAAGACUACUAAAUCAGCAGCUGAUGAUGGCCAAUCAACAGAGCUAGCAGGAUCUCAGAGUGAUGGUGUGGCUUCCCGGAACGCAGGGAGCUCUGUUCCAAGUGAAAGUGAUGAAUUUUGUGAUAUACUAAGAACACCAAGACUGGCUGAAAAUGGGAAUGAAACGAGCGGUGAGAGUAUGACAUCCGCAAACACACAGAUAUCGCUAUCUGCUAUCCAGCAGGCCGCUGUACUUGCACAAUGUUUAUAUGUGAGUCGGAGGAGUCGGAGUGAUGAAAUGUCUGGGUGGGAGAUGGCACCAUACAUAGAGUCAAUUGAUUCUCAAGAAAAAUCAUACUUUGUGGUCAGGAGCUUGUGUGAUGUUCUGCGUAUUAGGUGGGAGUCCACGCGCAGUCGGACAAAACAGCGGGCACUGUUAAUGAUGGAGAAUUUGGUUGAAGAUAUUGCCAAAGAAUUUCCUGUAGUUUCACAAAGAACCAAACUGGUUUUUGGAGUUCAUAUGCCGCCUAUCCCUGCAUUAAGGAAAGAGUAUGGUGAACUUUUGAUAAGUUGUGGUUUACUUGGUGAAGCACUUAAUGUUUUCAAAGAACUCGAAUUGUGGGAUAAUCUAAUCUAUUGCUAUCGAUUAUCGGGUAAAGUUGCUGAUGCGGUCAGUUUAAUAAAUACCCGGCUCUCUGUUACACCAAAUGACCCAAGGUUAUGGUGUUCACUUGGUGAUGCUACAAAUAAUGAUGAUCAUUAUAAGAAAGCACUGGAAGUCUCAGAUAACAAGUCUGCUCGAGCUCUGCGCUCUCUGGCUCGCAGUGCAUACAACAGGAAUGACUUCCAUACAUCCAAAAUUCUUUGGGGAUCAGCAUUGGCACUGAAUUCUUUGUAUCCAGAUGGCUGGUUUGCCUAUGGUACAGCUGCAUGGAAGGAUAAAGAUCUUGAGAAGGCAGUGGAUGCUUUUAGUCGUGCUGUGCAGAUAGAUCCUGAAAACGGAGAAGCAUGGAACAACAUAGCCUGUCUGCACAUGAUUAGAGGAAAGAGCCAGGCAGCAGUCCAGGCAUUCAAGGAAGCUGUAAAGUUCAAGAGGAAUAGCUGGGAAGUUUGGGAAAAUUACAGUAAGGUUGCUUUGGACACAUGCAACAUGCGACUGACACUUGAAGCUGUCAAAAUGGUAUUGAAUCUGUCCUCGAACAAGCGCUUCAAUGUUGAUCUAUUGGACAAGGUGAUGGUCUCUGUCGAAGAACAAGCUAGACAUCUUAGUGAUACUCAAGAAGCUAAAUCCAUAAGCAACGCUUCAGAUGAUGCAAAUAAAGAGACCAGGCUACCAAAUCAAUUGCUAGGUGUAAUUGGUGAUAUCCUUCAGCAGAUUGUACGGAGUGGGGCUAGCAAUGCAGAGAUAUGGGGAUUAUAUGCAAGAUGGCAUAAAAGCAAGGGCAACCUCAUGGCAUGCUCUGAAGCUUUGUUGAAGCAAGUUCGAUCCCUCCAGGGUUCAGGAUUAUGGCAUGAUCAGAAGAAGUUCACGAAGUAUGCUCAAGCUUCUCUGCAACUUUGCAAGGUCUAUAUCGAAAUUUCCUCCACGACUGGAAGCAGACGAGAAUUAUUGUCAGCUGAGAUGCAUCUUAAAAGCUCCUUAAAACAGGCAACGGACUUCUCAGGUACGGAGGAGUAUAAAUCACUUAAUGACUGCCUUGACCAAUUAAGGGGCCUGAUUGGCGCUGCAUAGAGUUACUGAUAUCUUGGUUGCGAACCAAGGUCACUUUGUCAUAUUGCUUAUCACAGACCCUUUAUAAAUGACAAGCAUCGUCAAGUCGCAUCAUCCGAUGGUCUAUACUCAAGUUCGGCACGAAGAGUACACCAGACCCUUUAUUUACUCUUGUUCUGUUAUUCAUGUUGGUCGUUUGCUGAAUGUUUCAGCACACAAUCCAGCUCGUAGCUGUGAGCACUCUGUUAAUCAGGUUUAUCAUGUGUAAUCCCAGACUGUAUUUGGGAAAGUAUUUGUACUAUUGCCUCUGUUUGAAUGAAAGUGUUGUCGUGCUCUCAAUAAAA